GUUGCAUGGAUACCAGAAAAAUGGAAAUGCUCACCCCUUUCGCACCUUCACCCCACCACUCUUAUUCCUUUUCCAAAUCUUUGAUCUUUCCCCCCAGGUUUCAUCCCCUCUCUCCCUCCCUCCCCGUCCGCCUCCGUUCCUUUUCCCCUACCCGCCCUCCACUUUGUCUCUCUGCCGGCUCCCCUCCACCUUCUCCGCCUGACUCUGACCCCCCAGGGUUAGAGGGAAAGUUGUCUAGAUUUCAGGAUCGUGCACGGAUCUUCUUUGCUAUUCUUUUCUGGAUGUCUCUGUUUUUCUGGUCUUCUUCAUGGGAUGGGAGGAAUACUGGUAAACCUAACAAAGGAUCUCGAUUUAGAAGAUAACCUAGUAAGAAAUUUGGUUCUGUAUAUAAAUAUCAGACUCAGAUAGAUUAGUACUAGAAAUACGCGAAGAAAAUUAAAAUAUAGGUAAAGAACUUGUACUUUGUUUUCUUUCAUUUCCAAUUAGCUUUUGUUAUAUUAGGGAAACAUAUUCUUGUAACAUCUUAUGGAAUCAAAUAUCAAGGUUUUCCAUUUA